CGUUCCGCGGUUCGGGUUGUGAACAUUGGGGAACCGUGCAGUGUGUGGUGUGUGGGUGGCGGGGACCGUGCGUGAGCGGUGAUGAAAGUGAAAUGAUCUGAACCCACGACGGAGUGACAGAGGUGACUUCCCAACACACAUUUUGGAUACCUGUGCAGUGACCAUUUGAUACUGUUAUUGUUGUUGCUGCUGCUGCUGUUGUUGUUGAUGCAGGCCAACCCGUCCCACCCCGACAUGCUUCGGAGGGCGGCCACAACGGUGCAGUGGCUCUGAGUGCAUAAAGCAGGUGACAAAUACAUAAUCGAUCAAAUAUACUCGGUGGACGAGAAUGCGUGAUGCGUGCGGCUUAGACAAAGGGAUCGCGGCAGGCCGGUCCUCGACGGAUUGUUCGGGCGUGUAACACAGGAUAGUAUGCUAGCGUGGCCUACUGCUGCUGCCUCGAGGUGCAUCACCAAUGAAACGAUAUGAGCACGUAUGCGUACACAGCUCGCUGCAGGGAAAAACGAAAACAAUGCACGAGAUGUGGCGUUGGAUAGUGUUACUCAGUUUGUUGUUAGUCAAAGAAUUCGCGUCAGGUAUUAUGCUAACGGAGGUCCGGGUGCCGAAGCACACGAUAAAGGGCCACUCGGUGCGGCUCGAGUGCCACUACGACAUGGAAGGGGAGGCCCUGUACUCGGUGAAGUGGUACAAGGAUGGACGGGAAUUUUAUCGAUAUGUGCCAAGAGACGAUCCCCCCGGGACCGUGUUCCCGCAGCCGGGCAUCGCGGUGGACCUGCUUAAUUCGACCAGCGAGCAAGUGGUGCUGGAUCCGAUCGAUCUCUCCUCCAGUGGCAAAUAUCGAUGCGAGGUAUCGGCCGAGGCGCCCUCCUUCCAGACGGUCUCGGACCACGGCGAAAUGCUGGUAGUCGUGCUUCCCGAGGAGGAUCCGCACAUUACGGGCGGCAAGCCGCGGUACCAGAUUGGCGAUAUCGUGCGCGUGAACUGCACAUCUGGCCGCUCGAAGCCGGUCGUCCAUCUGACCUGGUACAUCAACGGGGAGGCGGCGGACAGUGCGCUGGUGCGGCGCUUCGAGCCCAUCGUGUCCGGGCCGGACAAGCUGGAAACGUCCGUGCUGGGGCUGGAAUUCCGUGUUAAGGCGAAACAUUUCAAGCGAGGCGAUAUGAAACUGAAGUGCCUCGCCACCAUCUCGACCGUGUACUGGAAAAGCAACGAGGAGAGCGUGGAGGGCGAAAAGAUCCAAAAAGCGCCAAUGCUCGAGUCCCGCCGGGCCGUUUCCACCGACACGCGAGCGGACCGAGUUCAAGCGGCGAGCAAUGAUGCACUGGCGAAUAAAUAUUCAUCGGGCCUGAAUUUUGCAUUACGCGUGCUCGGAUUGCUGCUGGUCGUGAGCGGCGUCGGCGGCGGCGGCGGCCUCGGAUCCGUCUGCGGCACGGUGGCGACCGGUCCUUGGCUGCACGGUGGCUCCUAAAACCGCUGCAACUCGCGAACUACGUGAACAUGGCGGGGCGCGCGCACACUCUUCAGCUGUAACAAUUUUAUUAUCAUUCACUAUAAUACAUUCCGUCCCGUCAAGAAGCGGGGAUCGACCCUUUUCGACCCCUCCGGCAGCAGCGUGACCGAGGGCGGUGGUGAAGCGGACUGCGCCAAGCCUAGCCACAGCGCAAGGACGACGACUUACUCACCAGCCCCAGCUGUCUGUCAGCGGAAGGAAGCACCGAAUUAGAGGCCCCGGACAUCACGUGGGGGGAAUCCUCGAGUCCUGCGUUACGGACCCUGCUGCUGCUGAUGAUGCAUAGCACGCCACCGUACGACUGAAAUGCAGACCUGAACGCGCGAACACACCACUUCCUAACGUGGGGGGAUUCGGUGGCGUAGACUGGCUCUCUCUAUCCCUACCCUGCACUAAUGAUCUCAUCGACACGAACACACUUCUCAAUGAAUAAGGGCCCCGCAGGAGACUUUCCCGUGGAACCGGAACCGAUUAGGAUGUACAAUCGCGGUUGGCCGCGCGUUCCCCACGAAGCGGGGCGCCCAAAAAAGGAUUAAACAAACGAAAUCAUAUCAGUACACCGACACAAUGAAGUAAUAUCUCGAUGUGCUUUUUCACUGUUUUCACUCUCCACACUGAUCCCCCCAAAACAAAAAAAAAAACAGUAAAUGGAGGACACAAAGAAAAAAAGAUGGCGCCCAAAAAGUGGACGAACGCGAAUCGAAAACAUAAAACAUAUCACUCCAGUGAAUAUUUGAAAAUUUAAACGAAAACAAAAAAAAACGGAAAACGGAAAACACUUUUGCGCUCCUUUUAUCAUCUCGUCGUGGAUAAGUCUGUGUCUGUGUGCGUGUGCGUGAGUGGGUGUGUGUCGCCGGAACCCGUGGGCCACACGCGCCGCCACCCCCGAUGCCGCCGAUCCGUCUCUCUCCUCCUGCGUGUAAAUAAUGUUUGUACAUAUUGUAAAACUGAUGGGUUUGUCCGGCCCCGCUCGAGACUCUCGUUGGCAAACUGGUUUUUUUCCCCUCUAUACUUUCCUGGUCAUGUGCAAUUUUUAGAUAAAACAAACGUCGGAAAGCAGAACUGAAAGUCAGUCCAACACACACGAAACACAGGACACGCACACACAUACAGCAAUCGCGCCACUACGAACUACUAACUACUAAAAACUACUGCAAACCCUAAUAUAACAACUACUCGGCCGUACUCGGUAAAUACUCUUCUAGUGAAAAUUGUUACUUCCGCGGGGCCGUGCACGGUGCACGGGAUGUGCGCAGGAUGCGCCCCGCAGGAACGAUGAACGAUGU